AUGAAUCUUGCUUUUAACUCUUUUUUUUUUGUGUGUGUGUGUGCCGCCCAACACAUCAGAAGGGCAGGGGCGCACGACCGCAGCAGGAAACGGGGACCCCCGCGUAGGGAACAGUGGAGUAGGAGGAGGAGUGCUAUGUUCUUCUGUCCCUUCUGCGGGACGCUGCUGCUCAUUGAGCCACACCACCCGACUAACCGGUUUGCCUGCUCCAGCUGCACGUAUGUCGCGCCCAUCCCUUCGACGCACCUGCUCACAGUGAACCACUCACUGCUGAAGUUCAACAAGACGGUGGAGGAUGACGCCAAUGUGAAGGCGAAUGGAAUCAAGACGAAGAAUGAAGAGGUGGAUGGUGGUCAAUUGAUUACUGUGCGGUGCCAGAAUGACGAGAAGUUCUGCGAUGGCAAUCGGGCGCAUUAUGUCCAAAUUCAAAUGCGCUCCGCAGAUGAGCCGGCGACAACAUUUUUUAAAUGUUUAAAGUGUGGCUUCCAGUGGAAGCAGGAUUAA